AUGGUCGAAGAACAAAGGCUGUCUCGAGACUCUAUAUUUGACUAUGAAGACGACGAGCAGGCUUUUCGUUCCCCCAUGCCCCUUCACAUUUCGAAUUCGUCCCGGAACUCUUUAUUCCCUCCGCGCAAAAGAAUAGCUUCGACCCGUUCUGCCUUUUCACUUCCGGACUUUGGUACAUCGCCUUCCCACGUUCAGCAUGAAAUGUCGAACGGAAUCGAAACCAUCAUUGGAAAUCACCUUUUAACUCGAAAUCCCAAUCUUUUUGAUUACGAAAGCGUUCCAUAUAUCACUGACAUAAAUGACGCACCGUGUCAUCCUGUUUUGAGCCCGAACAGGUUCCCUCUAGCAGAGACACCUUUCCCUUCGCCGUCGCGAACUGCAUAUCGGAGCAUGAACACUUCCCAACUAGGUUCCGCAAAAACUUCUGGGAAAUUUUUGGGUGAAGGGAUAGCCCACCGUUCAAGUGAGAGCUGCUGGUACGACACCCCGGGUAACCGUCGAUUUCAAUUUUCGCAUGCAUCACCGCGUCCCGGACCGAGUUUCAUGACCCCAUCAUCGCACAUCACUUCACCCGAACUUUACCGUCCGACUCCAAAGAGGUCUUACAUGGAAAGCACAUCAGCACAAUUCUCUCCCAUUGAAAGUUCACAGAAUGCACCGCAUAUUUUUUCAAAUGAUAAAUUCGCGUCAAGAAGUGUGAAUUCGAUCAACUUGUUAGAGGCAGAAGGUCCGAUGAAUAGG